GUUUGAAAAUGAUACGCGUUUACUGCAUAUUUCUCGGACUCAUCUUAUCAGAAAUGGCCACAGCCAGGCCAAAUACGCCUACAUACCCGAAAAUAAGCGAAUACUCACAAAAACAAAAAUCAACUAGAAAAUCAAGUGAUACCAUAGAUUCAUCUAAGGAAAACUCCUUGGAGAGCGUCGUUCUAGCCAUAGACACAGGUGUCAAAAACUUUAUGGCGGGAAAAACGAAACCUGGCGUUGUUGACGAUAUUGCGAAGCAAUUAUUGAAAUUUGCCAAAAAUAGCGAUAAACCUGUUUACAAACGAUCUGGAACUGCUGGACAAGACUAUAAUAUUAAACCGGAGAUAAUACACUUCCGUAGCAGCGACAAGCCGUCAGUCAUGUUCGAAAUUAAUUCUAAAUCAAUAAUAAAUGUUUUAAAAAAUCUUUUGCAAUCGAAAUCAGUGCAUAAAUACAUGGAUAAGUUCACAAAAGAGGCUGCAGUUAUAUAUCGCGCCGCAAAAGAAGAAUACGAUAAGUCUCAAGCGAAGCAGAUGCGAAAUAUAGAAUAAAACAAUAAAGAU